AUGGAACCAAAAGUGAGCCAUAGUGAUCUGGUUAUUGUCGGUGCUGGUCCGGCCGGCUCGAUGGCGGUCUCUUGGGCGAGUCGAUUUGCCUUGAACACUCGAUUGCUGGACGAUAAGCCGGACAAAGUGCACAAUGGGCAAGCAAACGGGCUCCAUGUGCGGACAAUGGAGAUACUUGACAGCUUCGGCAUGGCAACUCAGAUAAACAAAUUAGCUUACCAUCUCCGUGAAAUUUGCUCUUGGAACCCUGACCCUGAUGAUGAAAGCCGACUCCAACGCACGCAGAGGAUUUUGGCAAAGGUGGAACAGCAUGGUCGUUUUUGUCAGCUGGGCAUCUAUCAAGGUUUUAUUGAGCAAAACUUCCUCGACUUCUUGGAAAGUGAAGGUCAUGUUCGUGUGGAGAGAAACAUAGAGACGAAAUGUCUUCAAUUGGACGAAGAUAACAUGACCGACCACAACGCUUUUCCGAUCAAUUUACGCAUUUCAAGACAGGUUCCUGCGAGCAGUGGAGACACAUCAGACACCAACUCCGAUCCUUCAGCUGAAGAAAUCGUGAAAACCAAGUAUCUUCUGGGUACUGACGGUGGACACAGCUGGACCAGACAACAGGUUGGUCUGGAAAUAGCGGGUGGCAAGACAAAAGUCCACUUCGGCGUCAUGGACGUCAUUCCCAUUACAGAUUUUCCUAACAUACAAAUCUCAUGCGCUAUCCAUUCGGCGAAGACGGGCAGCAUGAUGACGUUUCCCCGCGAGAAUCGCCUGGUCAGAUUCUAUGUUCAACUAGGUGAGACUGGCAGCGAGAGAGACGACUUGGACACCGAUCAGGUCACUAUCGAAAUGAUCGCAGAAAAGGCUGCGACCAUUCUCAGUCCAUGGAGCCUGAAAUAUGAACUCUGUGAUUGGUGGUCCGUCUAUACUGUGGGUCAACAAUGUGCGCCCAAGUUCGACAAAGACAAUCGAGUCUUUCUAGCCGGUGAUGCUGUCCAUACCCACUCGCCCACCAUGGGUGCGGGGAUGAACGUGUCUAUACAAGAUGCGUACAAUUUGAUGUGGAAACUGGGCCAAGUCAUCAAAGGCACCGCGCAGCCACGUAUCCUUAGCACAUACAACGACGAACGCUAG